AUGGAGCCACGCCCCCAUGAUCCGAAUCUGUCAGAGAGCCUGCAGCCUCUCAUCGAACGGGCUGGAUCUGUUCUCGCUCAGAAGAUGGAACGGGCCGUGAAUGCGGUCUCUAAGCUGAAAGCCCAAGGAAAGCGAGUGCUGAUCUUCGUCAAGGAGGACUCGACCGCAACUAGUUUGAACGAAAUGAUGCGCGCCCAUGGACUGAACUCCCACGAAGUCGCCACCAUCUGGAAAAGGGCUGAAUGUGGGUUCAUCGUCUGCAAUUUCAACGACGCCGACCAUCCCACCGAUGCUGUCAUCACGACAUUUGCAACGCUCAAAAUCCCAGGUCCCAGGUUCUACGGCGCCUGUCAUCGCGGUAUCGUUCUCGAGAUGGCCGACGACCUUGAGGACGUCCUCCGGGCUACUCGUGCUCUGACCAGCAUUGGCCAGACGCAACAGGUCGAGUGGACUAACUACUACGUUCAAGAAACACUCGACAUGGUGCACGAUCUUGCUGUUUCUCGUAAGGCGGUGUUGAGACUAUUUCUGAAUCCAGCUAUGUAUCCCGAAAUCACGGGUGACUUGAGAGGGAUCCUCGCUUUCCACGAGGUCGCCCUUUCAAUGGGUCACGCUGCGAGUCGGUAUCCGAGAAAUCGUGUCCACUGGAUCUACAUGGAGACCGAAGAGAUCAAGCGGGAAGGUCUUUUCUACUCCGCCGUCGCCAAGCUUCUCAAACCCUGGAGCUGCUAG